AUGAUUGCAGCACAACUACUAGCCUAUUACUUCACUGAACUCAAGGAUGACCAGGUUAAAAAGAUCGAUAAGUACCUGUACUCCAUGCGAUUCUCUGAUGAGACGUUACUGGACAUCAAGCAGCGCUUUCGGAGGGAGCUGACCAAAGGACUGGGCCGGGACACCAAUGCCACCGCCGCACUGAAAAUGCUGCCGACGUUUGUCAGAUCAAUCCCUGAUGGAUCAGAGAAAGGAGACUUCAUCGCUCUGGAUCUGGGCGGCAGUAACUUCAGGAUCCUCCGUGUCAAAGUGAGCCAUGAGAAGAAGCAGACGGUUCAGAUGGAAAGUCAGAUAUAUGACACGCCAGAGGACAUCAUUCACGGCAGUGGAACGAGACUGUUCGACCAUGUUGCAGAGUGUCUGGGCGACUUCAUGGAAAAACAAAACAUCAAAGACAAGAAACUCCCGGUUGGCUUUACCUUCUCCUUCCCCUGCCACCAGGCCAAACUGGACGAGGGCUAUCUGGUAACCUGGACUAAACGUUUCAAGGCCAGUGGAGUGGAAGGGAUGGAUGUUGUCAAGUUGCUCAACAAAGCCAUUAAAAAACGAGGAGACUAUGACGCUGAUAUCAUGGCGGUGGUGAACGACACUGUGGGAACCAUGAUGACCUGUGGAUUUGAUGACCAGCGCUGUGAAGUCGGCAUCAUCAUAGGUACUGGUACCAAUGCUUGCUACAUGGAGGAGCUGCGCCACAUUGACCUGGUGGAGGGAGACGAGGGCAGGAUGUGUGUGAACACUGAGUGGGGGGCGUUUGGAGAUGACGGCAGGCUGGAAGACAUCAGGACGGAGUUCGACAGAGAAAUAGACCGAGGCUCCAUCAAUCCAGGACAACAGCUAUUUGAAAAGAUGGUCAGCGGGAUGUACUUGGGGGAGCUGGUUCGAAUCAUCCUGGUGAAAAUGGCCAGAGAAGGCCUGCUGUUCGAGGGAAGAAUCACACCCGAGCUGCUGACCAAAGGGAGGUUUGAAACGAAGCACCUCUCAGCCAUAGAGAAGAGUAAAGAAGGGUUGAACAGAGCAAGGGAGAUUUUAACUGCACUGGGUGUGGAGCCUUCCACUGAAGACUGCAUUGCUGUGCAGCAUGUUUGUACUAUUGUGUCUUUCCGCUCGGCCAACCUGAUCGCUGCCACGCUGGCUGGUAUCCUGAUGAGGCUGAAGGAGAACAAAGGGGUGGCUCGCCUCCGGACCACUGUGGGCAUCGAUGGCUCUCUCUACAAAAUGCACCCGCAGUACGCCCGCCGUCUUCAUAAGACAGUCCGGCGGUUGGUCCCUGACUCUGAUGUCCGCUUCCUCCUGUCAGAGAGCGGCAGUGGAAAGGGAUCUGCCAUGGUGACGGCUGUGGCCUACAGGCUGGCCGAGCAGUCAAAACAGAUCGCCGAAAUCCUGUCUGAAUUCCGCCUGACGACCGAGCAGCUGCUGGAGGUGAAGAAGCGAAUGAGGACUGAGAUCCAGAACGGCCUUUCAAAGAGCACUCAGGACUCUGCUACCGUCAAAAUGCUGCCAACCUUCGUACGAAGCACACCUGACGGCUCAGAGAAUGGUGACUUCCUGGCUUUGGACUUGGGAGGAACCAAUUUCAGAGUCCUGCUGGUCAAGAUUCGCUCUGGGAAGAAGAGAACGGUGGAGAUGCACAACAAGAUCUACGCUAUUCCUUUAGAAGUGAUGCAAGGCACAGGCGAGGAGUUAUUUGAUCACAUCGUCCACUGUAUCAGUGACUUCCUGGACUACAUGGGGAUGAAGAACACUCGUCUUCCUCUGGGCUUCACCUUCUCGUUUCCCUGCCGACAGACCAGCCUGGAUGCUGGGAUUUUAGUGACGUGGACGAAGGGCUUCAAGGCAACGGACUGUGAAGGAGAGGAUGUGGUGGGACUGCUGAGGGAGGCCAUCAAACGGAGAGAGGAAUUCGACCUGGACGUGGUGGCAGUGGUCAACGACACGGUGGGAACGAUGAUGACCUGCGCCUACGAAGAGCCCACCUGUGAGAUUGGACUGAUCGCCGGCACCGGCAGCAACGCCUGCUACAUGGAGGAGAUGAGGAACAUCGAGAUGAUCGACGGCGACGAGGGCCGCAUGUGUGUCAACAUGGAGUGGGGGGCUUUUGGAGACAACGGAUGCCUUGACGACGUGAGGACGGACUACGACCGCGCUGUGGACGACUUCUCACUCAACCCGGGCAAACAAAGGUAUGAGAAAAUGUGCAGCGGCAUGUACCUCGGAGAAAUAGUGCGGAACAUCCUCAUCGACAUGACCAAGAAAGGAUUCCUGUUCAGAGGGCAGAUUUCUGAAACUCUGAAGACCAGAGGCAUCUUUGAAACCAAGUUUCUCUCACAGAUAGAGAGUGACAGGCUGGCCCUGCUGCAGGUCAGAUCUAUCCUGCAGCACUUGGGGCUGGACAGCACCUGUGAUGACAGUAUCAUCGUCAAAGAGGUCUGUGGGGCGGUGUCGCAUCGUGCGGCUCAGCUGUGUGGCGCAGGAAUGGCAGCUGUGGUGGAUAAGAUCAGAGAGAACCGAGGACUGGACCACCUGGACAUCACCGUAGGGGUCGACGGGACUCUGUACAAAUUACACCCACAUUUCUCUGGGAUCAUGCAUCAGACGGUGAAGGAACUGGCUCCUCAGUGUACAGUCAACUUUCUCCUGUCGGAGGACGGCAGUGGAAAAGGAGCGGCGCUCAUCACGGCCGUGGGCUGCCGGCUGCGGCAGGAGUUGAACAACAAGUAGAAAAAGCUCCCCGUCUCAGUUAUUUCCCGUUUCUAGUUCCCUCCUGAUUUUAUCCUCACUCCCUUUCCCACCCACGCAUUUUUUUUUUUCUUCGAAAUCAAAUGAGUCCAGUCAACACAUCACGCGCCGGUAGCUGCUGUAGACCAUCUACGUGACAGAGAAAAGGACAAGACAUAAUACUCUGUUGACUUCCAUAGAGUCAGGUACUCUGUUGUGUUUAGAUUACUCUUGAUUUGCCAUUGUGACAGUUCAGUACCUACUUACUCAACGGUUUUGCAAUUUUGUGAUGUCAAAGGUUAAACUAAUAUUAGUAAUAAAACAUGCACACAUAACUCCUGUUUCAAAAAAAAAAGGGGCAGGGCAGAUACACACACACACACACACACACACACACACACACACACACACACACACACACACACACACACACACACACACACACACACACACCCCUCUCUAUGAUCCUUCUCUGUCUCCACCUGGAGGAUUCCUGUGGUAACUGCAGCCUGCUACCGUUUUCCCUGCAGGUUUAGCAGAAACAGGGACACGAAAACAGUUUUAGACCAAAGUUACCAAAGUGUGUCUGCUGUGCACGACUCGGUUUGUACAAAAAAAACACAUAUGAUGUAAGAUGUUAUAUAAAUGUGGAAUAAGAUGAAAGGGAAGAUAAUUUUUGCUUUAAGGUUUUUAAUGUCCUACCCAGAUACAUGCAGUGUGUCGUACACGCAGUGUUUGCUAUUUAUUUUAUUUUUAUAUUGGGAGAUGUUGAAAUACUGUUGCAGCAUUGACACGCGCAGAGGAAGCCAUUGGUGGAGUUCACUCAGACGGUUCAGGUCCUGAAUUUUAGGACAGAAACAUGGCGGGUGACAAACUCAUGACUGUGGCUGGAAUUUGAGGUUUCACAUGUUUGCCGAAUGUACAUAUUUGGUGAAAUCUGAGAUGCAGAACCUUAUUGUUGUUGUUCUUUCUUGUAAAAUAUAAUCUGUUAUUGGUACUAAUGCCAGCUGCUGAUAAUUUCUUCUCAUGUUUAGAAGUUCUGGCUCAUUAUCAGUUACUGAACGCGAUGUGACAGGAACCUGGUGCUGUUAUAGACGCCAGAAGAACAACAACGGUCAAACGGUGCAUAAAUAUAUGAAGACAUCACCGUGUCUGAAACUCAUUAUUCAAAUGUUUUGGAUAAAAAAAAAAAACAUAUCUACCCACUUCCUGUGUGCUCCCAAAAGCACAGGAGAGUUUAGGUGAACUACUGUAAGCUCGC